AUGCGUCUCGUCCUUUCUCGGCUCGAGGCUAGAGACCUCGAUGCCAUUGUCCCCAUGAUGUUCGAGUCGUUCAGCAAGAUCGAACUGGCCAAUGUCUUCUUCGGGCGUAGAUCCCCGUCGUCGUACGCGUACACCAAGAAGACGCUCUUACAUGGUAUGCUCAACGACCCGGCAGACUUGUUUCUCAAGAUCGAGGACCUCGACGCCCAGGACAAUGUGAACGUCCUCGAUGAGCAAGGCAACACGAUUUCCACCGAGAGGCGAACGCGCAUCGUCUGCGCGAGUAAUUGGAAGAUCUUCCCCACGUACGUGACGCCCCAGGAACAGCAGCAAGCGGCAAAGAACGAAAACAGACGACCGAACAGCGAGACCGCCCAACUCAAAGAAGAGGCGAAGAACGAGUCGGCCCUUUUGUACCUGGAGACGGAGCAGGAACGCGCCGACGCAGCCGUGCUGCUGGAAGACUUCCUCACCCGCCGCCGUCGCGAAUGCAGAGAGGGCCACGUCCUGUGUUUCUUGCUGUUCACGGAUCCGGAAUACCAGGGCAAAGGAUGUGGGCGCAUGAUGAUGCAGUGGGGCAACGAUGUGGCUGAUGCGUUGAUGUUGCCUUGCUGGAUCGAGGCCUCUCCUGAGGGAGAACUACUGUACCAGCAGAUGGGGUAUCUGGGGCGGGAGAGGGUGCGGAUUCAGACGAAGAGCUUCCUCAGCGAGUAUCUGCAUAUGAGAAGGCCAGCGAUGGUUGGGAGAAUCCGGUUAGAAGGGAAGAAGACGUUGGUCAGAGAGCCGGUUGAGCCGAAGGAGAAUGGAAGUACAUGA